ACAUAUAGUGGUUCAAAAUGACUUGCAAAAGGCGUAAUGGAGGAAGGUCCAAACAUGAACGUGGUCAUGUUAAGCCCGUCCGUUGCACCGACUGUGCAAGAUGCGUCCCCAAAGAUAAGGCAAUCAAAAAAUUCGUGAUUAGGAAUAUCGUCGAAGCUGCCGCUGUCAGAGAUGUCACCGAGGCUUCAGUAUAUAACCAAUACAUAUUGCCCAAACUUUAUGCCAAGUUGCACUACUGUGUGUCUUGCGCCAUCCACAGCAAAGUAGUAAGAAAUAGGUCUAAGAAAGAUAGGAGGAUCAGAACACCCCCACAGAGGAACUUCCCUGGUAGAGACCAGAGGACCCAACCUCAGAGGAAAUGAGUA